CUCUUUUGAAGGUUUGAUUCAACAUGAGCAGUUUGGUCAGUAUAGCACAGAUCCUAGCCACACUUCUCCUCCACAUUCCACUGUCAGAGGUCUCGGACCAUCUAAGCAUGAGCCGCUCCAAAGUGAUAUUGUUUCAUGAUGUGUGGCAUCGGAGUGUGUGUCACCCGCUGGAGAGGAUGGUGGAGGUGGAGCAGGAGUAUCCAGGGACUGUGGAGUACAUCUUCAGUCCUCGCUGUGUGCCUCUUCAUCGCUGCGCUGGCUGUUGUAAUGAUGAAAAAUUAGAGUGCUCCCCUACCCUCACUCACAAUGUCACAGUACAGCUGUUGAGAAUAAGCCCAGUAGAGAGGACCAUGCAGUUUGUAGAGCUUUCAUUUUUAGAGCACCACUCCUGUGAGUGCAGACCCAAACAGAAUCACAUAAGAUAUCAGAGGCAGAGGCUAAGUAGGCCAUACAGGGGAAGAAAAGGAAAAAAAGGAAAAAAGAAAACAGAAAAUAGUAGCAGGUAUGGUCUGCCCUCUGCUGGUUAUGACAUGAGUUAUCUGAGUUGCCAAAAUCAGUUCAUUCAUUCAUUCAUUCACUCAUUUUCAGUAACUGCUUUAUCCUGGUCAGAGUCCUGCAGGAUCCAGAACCUAAGCCAGGAACACUGGGGCGGGAAUGCACACUGGAUGUGACGCUGGUCGAUUGCAGGACACCAUAGACACACAUUCAUAACACUAAUUCACACCUAUUAGCAUAGCAGUCCACCUACUGCCAUGUGAAUGGGAGGUGGGACAACUCUUAAAAGAAACCAAUUACAGGCUUGGAUCCUGUAAAAAUAAAUGUGCUUGUAUAUAAGGUUUAUAUUUCAUGAACACAUGAACAUAAAUAGAUAAUAGAUAAUCAGAACAUAAAACAAUGUUUUAGAAUAACUAAUAAAUGCUCUCUACUUCUGUGGUUUUCUCAACAAUGUAUUGAUAAAUAAAUAUUGGAUAUCUACUGUAUGCAUGUCCACUGACUGAAGCUUUUCACCAAGCUGUUUGUUUGUUGUAGGUGUCAUAAUCAUUUCAGCUAAGAAAAACAUAUCCAUUUCCUCUUUUUUAUCUGGACACACAAAGACAUGAACUUUUUUAUGCAUCUGGGAUUGAAGCCAUGAUGAGCUCUUCUCAGGGGAAGAUCUUGCAGUCCACAGACAAUAAGAUAUCUUCUGGAAAGCAUAGAAUGACAGAGUUCAGGCUCUGUAAUCCCCUCUGUUGUGUUGCUUGCUUAAUCCCUGUGCUGUGAUGAGUGUGAUCAAGGAAAUGGCAAGGAGAAGUGACUUUGUGACAAGAUGGGUGGCCACAAAGGUGACUGAAAGGUGACUAUUAUGAUAAUCUUUGAUGAUAAUCAGAACCUUAUUUGCCUGGCUUGUCUCCACAAGCAUGUGUUGUUUAUCUGUAUUUGCCUGUAUGUCCUGCUAUGUAUAUCAUUGUACAUUGAGAAAACAUGACUAAAGCCAGCUAUAUUCAAUUAAUGUAAUAAAUAUUAAAUAAAUCUACACUGUACCUGAUUCUGGUGGCACAAAUGUGUUCUUGUAAAAGAUUAAUAAAAUACAUUUUUAACAUCUUCAGUCUAACCUGUC